AUAUUGACUUUUUAGUGUUAUUUGUGUUUAAUAUACAUUAUGAGGGCGAACUAUUUGAAGAGGAAAAACAUUCUAGUUAAUCUUCGAUAGCUAAUCUACUGCAGAACCAAGGAGGGCGUUCACUUUCGUCGCUGGUCUAUGACGUAAUAUGCAGCGACUUCAGCGCUCUAAACAGUGUCCAAAGCUCAAAUGGAUUAGCAACAGAUUCAAAUUGUAUAAAGAUGCCUGAACACUGCGUUUGGAUUUAAAGGUUUUGCUGACAGUUACAGUUCUUUGCCGGAGUCUGGGGAUGGAGUGUUCAGAUGAGAACCAGCCUAAUGAGAUGCCAGAAGAACAGAUCUGUGGCACCGAAGGUCACAGGAAGUCUCCAAAGAGACGGAGAGAGAUUAAGCGAAGUCGGCGGAGAGUGAACGGAGCGGAGCAGGCGUGUUCAGGGAGCGAGCUCAGAGGAGACUCCGAGUCACAUGACGCCUCUGAGACCAGCGAGAGCUCCACGAAGAGACUGGACAAGUGCAGACGAGCUCACUUCCUCCACGGCCCGUAUCCCAGCACACACUUCGGACCCAAAGCCUGCAUCCUGCCCAACCCGACCUCCAUCAUGCACAUCCAGGAUCCGGUGAGUCAGAGGUUGGUGUGGAACAAGCCGCCACUCAACGUCUUGGUGAUCCGCAAGAUCCGAGAUGAGAACCUGCUAGAGCCGUUUAAGGAGUUGUGCAGUUUCCUCAUCCAGGAGAAAGGUCUGAGUGUGUAUGUGGAGAAGAAGGUGGUUGAGGAUGGAGCUCUGAUGGCAGACGAGUCGUUCUCUAGCAUCAGGAGACAACUGUGUACCUUCAGAGAGGGGUUUGAUGAUAUCUCAGACUGUAUAGAUCUGAUAGUGUGUCUGGGAGGAGACGGUACACUGCUGUACGCAUCAUCACUCUUCCAGGGCAGCGUCCCGCCCGUCAUGGCCUUCCACCUCGGCUCGCUCGGCUUCCUCACACCCUUUAAUUUCGAGACAUAUAAGACUGAAGUGGACAAAGUGUUCGCAGGUAAUGCCGCUGUGGUGCUGCGUAGUCGUCUGAAGGUGAAGGUGAUGAAAGGAUCACUUCAGAGGGACCAGGAGAACGGCAGUGUUACACACACACACACAAACCCUGUCUCACUGCAGCUACAGGUGCUGAAUGAGGUCGUGGUGGACAGAGGUCCCUCCUCUUACCUGUCCAACGUUGAUCUGUACCUGGAUGGACGUCUCAUUACCUCCGUGCAGGGAGAUGGUGUGAUUGUGUCGACACCCACAGGGAGCACGGCGUAUGCAGCGGCAGCAGGAGCGUCCAUGAUCCACCCCAACGUCCCUGCCAUCAUGGUCACGCCCAUCUGCCCUCACUCACUCUCCUUCAGACCCAUUGUCGUGCCUGCUGGGGUCGAGCUCAUGAUCGCUCUCUCUCCAGACGCUCGGAACACGGCGUGGGUUUCCUUCGAUGGCAGGAAGAGACAGGAAAUCCAGCAUGGAGACAGCAUUAAGAUCACUACAUCGUGUUACCCGGUUCCGUCUCUGUGCCGUCACGGACUGGUGUACGACUGGUUCGAGAGUUUAGCAGAGUGUUUACACUGGAACAUCCGCAAGAAACAAACACACCUGAGCGAUGCCUCUGACUCCACCGACACCGACACCUGAUUCUCUCUCUCUCUCAUACACACACACACACACACACCUGCAUGAUGGUCUGUAAUAGUAAAGUGCUCAGAUGAUGUCAUUCUGUAUUUAUUUUAAUUACAUGCUUCAUUAAUGAGUGUGAAGUGACAUUCCAGUGUGUGGCUCAGCACCUCCUGUGGACAAAUUGCAGCACUGUCAAGAAAAAUUUUAAAUAAUAAUAAUAAGAUACAAUAAAAACCCGCACUGGAGCCGCACUCUGACCUCACACUUGUAAUGUUGAUAUUUAAAAAUGAAGAAUAAGAGCAAUAAAGUGACAAGCAGCUCUGAGUGA